AUGGCGAGCGGCGUCGAGGAAGCAGGGACCUGGGUCGAGGAGUCCGGCGGCGAGAAAGUGCAGAGCUGGGUCGAGAAGAGGGUUGCGCCGGCGAGGAGUGGCGAGUGGAGCGCCGGCGUGGCGCGACGAGGGGAGCGCCGACGGCGAGCGGCUGCUGUGCUGGUUGUUGCCGCAGGUGUUCUCUGCUCUGCUGGCUGGGCUCGACGAGGGAGGUGA